UUGGCACCGUGGCCUCUGGGCCCAGCAGACGACGACACCGCUCGAGGUGCCAGAACAGGGCUCCUGCCUUCCUAAACUACAACAGUAUUCCUUGUUUAAGUUUGUCUCUUAUUUCUUCGAAGUCGCAAUGAGGAGUGUGGGCAGUUUAGUGUUGCUGGGCCUCCUGGGGGUGUGUUUGGGUCAGGGUUACGGUGGAAUGCAAGCUGGGGGGGAGGUUCUGUGGACAGACGACUAUUCUCAUGACUACAUGGGAUCCCCCCCCUUCAUAGUAUCAAGUGAUUCUGGACAGCUUAACCCUGCUUUCUAUAGAGGGCUACCAGCCACUACCCAAGCCCCUCUGUGGGGUAUUGGAGGUACACAUGGAGCACAAACUAAUGGGGAAGGUGACCUGACAGGUGGCGAGAGUAUACAGAUGAUGUAUGUAGGCUACCCUCUGACGUUAACUUGCAACAUGACCAACCAUGAGAAUACCUCAUUCAAGCUUGACUGGUUUAUAGAUAAUACUAAGAUUGAAAGUAAUGAACGUAUCAAGAUCUUUCAAGAAAACUCAUCACUGAUCAUUAAUUCACCACUAAAGACAGAUGUUGGAAACUAUAAAUGCCAGACACUGCCUGGGAUUCCCUCAAACAAAUCUCUCUCCAAGACUUUCAAGGUCAUAUAUUUUGAAAUUAGGAAGAUGGACAAGUCUGCAAAUGUAGACAUGGAGAAGAGUCUUGAAUUAGAAUGCCCUGUGGAGGGCUCACCCCACCCUGUAAUCACAUGGAAAAAGGAUGAUAAGCCUAUUGCAGAAUCAAUCAAUGAAACACGAAUAACUUAUAGUCCUAAUGAUAAAGAUGUUCCUAAUGCCAAGAUUGUGAUUACCAAUGCUGGGUGGUCUGAUCGUGGCAAUUAUACUUGUGUUAUCACCACACUAUCUAACAAUUUUGAAAGGUACACCUUCAUUCGAGUUAAAGAUGUUUAUGCUGCUCUCUGGCCCUUCAUUGGCAUUGUGGUUGAGGUGCUGCUGCUUGGGAUUAUCAUCUUCAUCUUUGAGAAACGUCGAGCCAAGGCUGAAUUUGAAGAGUCUGACACUGACCAGGGAAAUGAUCAGAAAAACACAACUGAUCUCAACAAGGAUUCUGUACGUCAGCGAAAAUAAUGACAAAUUGAAGGAAGAGUGUGUCCGUUUCUGCCUGAAUAUCAUCCACUCGCCAUGUUCCUCCUAGCAAAUGCCGAUUAUGCCUGUCUCUGAUCAAAGAUGGAGUCUUUGUUUGAAGCACUGGUUCAGCAUUGAAAGUGUGGUGCACUUUUUUUUUUUUUUUUUUUUUUUUUGGAAGAAAUGUUGACAUUUCAGUGAGUGGAUACUUGCUCUACAGUAUUCUCAUGAAAUUACUGUCUGCCUUUUGAGGCUGGAUAGGCUUAUACUGUACAGUACUCAGAUACAGAAAUACCUACAGUAAUAACAAUACAUUAAAAACAUGAGGUUUGCCUCUUUGUAAUUAAAUGAAUGCAACAAAAUUCACUCCAUCUAUCUAAAAGCCUCCAAGUGUGGAAUAGCUGCUGUUAUUAUGCAAGGUAACUGGGUCCUGAUAUAUUUGAACAGUGCGGGGUAUUUUAAAAGUUAAUAUGAAGCAUGAUAUAUAAGUGGUUUUGGGUUAGAUUUGGCCAGGAAAGUUGUAGAUGAUGGUUAAGUAUUUUCAGUAAUCGUAUAAAGCAAAUUAGUGGUUUUUAAGGGAACUAAAAUAAAUUUAAUUUAAAUAUUAGAUAGGAGUGCCUGGAGGAGGAGAAUAAAAGAAGGGAGGAGGGGGGAAAAGUGAUAGUUUACGGAUGAAGGAAAAGGUGAAAGAGUGAGAAUAUGCAACAAGGAAUUUUUGUGCCCAGUAUAGAGUAAAAGUUUGGCUGUGAAAAUACAUAUGAAGCUCUGUAGACGUUGAGUAGUUUAUUUUUGAGAAGUGGGUGCAGGAUUAAGAAAAAAUUAGAAGAGGUCAAUUUUUUGUGAGGGAACAUUAUUAGUAUAAAGGUAGUACAAGCAGGAAUACAUCUUUGCAGUGUUUGAAGAUCUCAUGAAAAUGUAAUUUUUAGAUAGUGAAUGGGUUGUGUAAUGAGUAUCAUAUUAACCCUGAUGUGAUUUAGAAUACACUGGUGAUGCAGUGAAUGCUGAUUAUAACACAGCAUUUGAAUAUAUGUAUAUAUAGUGGUGUCUGAAAAAAAAACUUUUUUCUUUUCUCUUUAAAACCAAUUUCUCUCUUGUUAAUAAGCUGUUAAAUUUUGUUCUCGCAUUAAUGUUACAUAAUCUUUUUGUUUGUAAAUAAUAAAUGAAAGUAUAUAAUCUCAUCUGUUAAAGGUGUAUUAUUAUGCACUGAAAAAUUAGUCAUUAUUGUUGUUAUAAAUGUUAAUAUCCCUUAAAUUAAAUUAAUAAAUAUUCUGAAAAAUUUCUUCUAAUAUUUUGGUGUGAUUAAUGUAGUAAUAUUAAUAAAGAAUGUAAUAAUUUCUUGCCCUUUAUCUCCAAUUCUCAGAUUAUAAAUACAGUGUCCACUAAUUUUGUAGAUAAAUAAUUGUAUUAUUAAAUAUAAUUUGUUUAUUUAAUACAUACAAGCAUUGAGGGUUGGUACUGUUACCGUGUAUGUGCUUGUAAUGUAGUACAGUACUGUAUUGUACUUAAAUUUGAUUAGUUUGGCAUAUGGAUUUCUUCACAUAUUGCUUCACAUUUAUUAAAUAUUCAGUGAAAACUGUGUGAUUAGUUUUCAAGUAAUCUAUACACACACACACACAGGUAAUCAAGUUUGGUAGUAUAAACUGGAAAAUAAACUUGACAUUAAUUCUUAAUAAAUAUUGUAUUGUAUAUGUAAUGCUUUACUAACACUUUAAUAAAAAGGAACUACAUAUGUGUAAUUAAAUUAUCUUCAUACUAAAUAAAAUGUUUUUUAUUAUGUACUGUAUUUUGUCAAGUUCAUUAAUUAUCAUUACCCUAUUUCCCACUUUCACGAGGUGAGUGGCAUAUUUUAAAGUAAAAAAGAUAAAUAAUGUUAAAGCAUUUAUUUUGUGCUUGUUUAAAUUAAUUUGGAAAUUAAUUUACGAUAUACUGUACUGUACAUGUAAAUUAAGCUUGUUUUAUGGGGAAACUGAUGAAAUUUGCUUGUAUGCGAUGAAUACCAAUUUUCUGUAACACACAUUGUUGUUAUUAAUAAUUCUCGGUCAUCAAGAUGGCCAUUUUGGGCUAGACUGAUAUUGAAUACUCAUGUUUGUUAUAUUUAGUAUGCAUGUUCAUGUCUAGUUUUAUUUAUUAAUGCAAUAUUUUCUGAUGUGAUGAUUUAUAAGGUAGUAAAUGAAUAUCGAAGUAUAUAGGUUGGAUUCUGACCUCAUAAUAUUUCAGUGCUGCUGGAGAAACAGGUCACAGUAUAGUAGGAUUUUUUUUUUCCUAAGUGAUCAGUCAUGUUAAUGCCUUAAGUGGUGAGAAUUUGUUUUUAAUAUAUUUUACAAAAUAUACUAAAUAUAUUAUUUUAUUAAUUGAAUUUUUACUAGUGAAAUAUAACUGGUAUUUUGAUUACUUGUGCAUGAGAAUGGAAUGCAAUUUCACAUAAUAUAUUUUUUCAUAAUUUGCCUAAGUUUUAAUUGAGGCUAAAGUAUGUAGCCUUAGCUUUUUUGUAUGCAUGAUUAAAGCACUUAUGAUUUUUAUAGUAGAGAUAAAUCUUUAAUAUGUUUUAUCACUGUAUAUAGUCUUAUAUGCAUACUUUUUUUAGGGGUUGGGGCAGGCAUAUUCAGUAAUUGCAUAACAGCUUUCUUGCCUGCCUGCUUGUCAAAUCAGUCACCCUAUGUAUAUUAUAUGCCUAACACCUCAUAACUUCAUGUAAUGUUAAGCAGUAAAAGAUAUUGGUUUGGAAGAUUAUGUUUAAUGUCAUGUAGUACGUGGGUAGGCGUUUCAAAGCAGCACGCUCAUUUCUCAGGAAUCGUAUGAACAGGACUAGUGACAGAGAGUUUGUUUGCAAUGUCUGUUGGGUUGGAGAGAGAGAGAGGAGAGAGAGCUUUAUGGAGAAUUGGGAGUGCAUUACCUAAGUAUUAUACAUGACAAUCCUUAAAAUAUUAUUCAUCUAAA